AUGUCUGGGGCUGCGGCGUGGGCGCGCGGGGGGCUGCUGCGGCCGCCCUGGAGAGGCCAGGCGGCCUGCGCGAGCUCUUCGAGGGGAUGGCCGCGCGCCACAACCAGACUCGGCAGCAGGCCGCUGCUGCUGGAGCUGGAGGGCUUCCUGGACGAGGCGCAGGCGGCGGCGCUGGUGGAGCUGGCCGACCGCACGGUGCGGCCAGAGUGGGAGGACGACGGGCUGCCGCCGGAGGUGCGCAACGUCUCGAAGAUGGACUGCGAGGAGGCGUCCUGCAAGCUCAACGCCGUGGUCCUGGCCAUGUACAGGAGAAGGUGGAGGCCCUCGUGCAGCUGCCGGCGUCCAACUUCGAGUCUCUGGAGCUGCUGCGCUACGAGCCCGGGAACCACUACGAGGUCCACAUGGACAACGGCCCAGACGACAGCGCGCACCCCGCUGGCCCCAGGCUGUUGA